UGUUUAAAUUCAAGCAAAUGAGGCAAUAUAUUGAACUAAAUUCUUAAGAAUAUUGUGAUAAGUUUUAUGUGAUCCUAUGUACAAAAGUGGCCGUGAUUUUAUUUAAACAUUUGAAAUAAAAACAUUUAAAAGAUGAACAUGGGGCUUAAUCUAGAUAAAACUUGAUUCAAAACAAUAUAAUUGGAUUAAAAAGGAUACUUUAUCAUACCUGUGGCUAGCAGACAAAUAAAAUGUCUUCAGUACCGAACCCUACUUUGUCAAAACCCAAAUUUCUGAAUUGGAUUAAGGCUGCAUUGGCUGUUCUUUUCGCAAAAGAAGAAAUCGAGCCUGUUGUUGUUGAUGAAAUCGUACAGUUCCAACAAAAGUGUCUUCAGGAUAUUUCUAUAUCAAACGGAUUAUCGGCGGGGAGCACCUGUUCAAACUGUAACACUGAAAAUAUUGUUGUUUGUCCAACAAAUAAGAUUUGCAACGUCAAUCGAGGAAAAUGUGGUUACCAUAGGAACCGUGCAACACAGUUUCACUCCAAUGGUUGCCCGAACAAAAUUUGCCAUUAUAUGAGAUCUGAGAUUCAAAAUGCUCAUCGUUUUAAUGGUCCAUCUUUUAAAAACACCGAUGCGACUCAGUGGUGUAGUAAUCCGUGGGAAAUUGCGAAAUGUUUUAUGCCCCCUGAUGGUUACAAGGAUGUAAUGAAUGCAGUAGAUACCGAUUUUAAUGGUAUAGUCAGUGUAAUUGUUAACUUCAAAGCAUUUGAGACAAAAAUAAACAACGAUCUCUCCAAAAGGAACAACAUAUUUGACAAGGGUAGAAACGUUGGUAAAGCUGUUAGACAUUCUCCAAAACUAGAGGUCGAGGAUGCAGAUCUUACACAGUAUUUUACAAUUCUAAAUGAUAUAUUGACUGAUCCUGGAUUCAUAGCUUUAAAUAAAGCACCAAACAACGCAAUUCAGAAAUUAGCAAAGCUUCAAAUGGAUGAAUUGAUCAUUGGUAAAGAUGUUGUUCGCGCAGUUUUGGAAGAUGUAGGCAAUGUUAUCCAGGAACAAAUAAGAAACGAGAUGGAUGAGUUCAAACAAAAGACUGAUAAACAAAAAAUAGAGCUUAUUGAAAUAAUAAAUUUGAAAGUAAAAGAUAUUGCUGAUGAGGGAAAUAUUUCACUGUCCAAGCUAAAAGAUACAUUCACGUCGUCAAUUGAUGCUUUUGAGGCCAAAGUCCAAAAAGCUAUUCAAGAGAUAGAUAAGCAGAAAACAAAGGGGGAGAGAAAGUUAAAAAUUGUUGCUAAAGAGGAGGUUAAAAAAUUUAGGGAAAAGGGAGCAAAUGUAAUAAAAGAGAUACAAAAAGCUGUGGAAAAACCCAGGGAUAUUGAUGCUGAUGCUAAACUGUCGGAGGAAACAUAUCAGAAACGAACAAAAGGUAAUGAACUAUUAUGAUUAAUAUUGAUUUAUUUUAAUAAAUUGCUUUCUUUUCCCUUCUUGUUAAUAUCUCAAGCUUGACAUUUUACCUUGCUUAUGAAUAUUUUGCAAUUGCAUGAACAGAGACGUUAUUGUUGCACAGUUUAGUUUCGCAUUCCUCAACAACUGCGAUGCAUUUUAAUAUAUGUUUACUUUGUGCAUUGAAUUGUUGUAUAUUCAGUCAAAGGUACAAAGACAAAUGAAAAAUAUACAAUUUCAGGGGCGAUGUGUAUUUUAAAGGAAUAUCAAAUAAUAUAUUUUCAAGAGAGAUGGUUUGUUCACAUUAUUCCUGCACAAUUUAAUUACAAAUUAACUUUUGAACGUCUCGUGAUAUCA